GCCGGAGGUGAGAAUGAGUGGACUACAUGGAGACGUGAAAGUGGAAGUGUCCAAAAAGAGUGACACUAUUUAUCAUGCGACCUACAAUCCAUACAUGCAAGGCAUGUACUUGAUGCACGUGACGUAUGCAGACAGACAGGUGCCUGGAUCCCCGUUCAAGGUCAUAGUCCAGCCCAGUGUGAACUCUCAGUCGGUGGAGGCAUUUGGACCUGGACUGAAGGAGGGGGUGAUUGGCCGGCCGAUCAAGUUCGGAGUGGACACCAGGGCCGCCAGACCAGGUCUGCUCACUUUCGACUGUCGUGGUCCGCGGGGCACCCAGGCGACAGUGGACGUGAUCGACAAUCUGGACGGCACCUACUCGAUGAACAUAAUGCCCAAGGAGGCGGGCAAACACGGACUGGAGAUAAAAUACGACUCGGAACACAUACACAACAGUCCCUACUUAGUCCGGAUCUCGGGCGCCCCUGACCCCACAAAGUGUCGUAUCUAUGGACCAGGGCUGGAGCACGGGGUGCUGUCUUCGUUCAGGGGGGACUUCGUGUGUGACACCAAAGGAGCAGGGGCGGGUCAGCUCAAGGUCAGAGUUCACGGGCCAAAAGGUGGGUUCAAAGUGGACAUGCACAGAGACACUUCGAAAGACAGGACCAUAGUGGUACGCUACAACCCUACAGAGCCAGGCGACUACAAAGUGGAGGUGUGGUGGGCGGACGUUGAGAUCCCUCAGAGUCCGUUUGAAGUCAAGAUAUUCCAGGACGUGCAGGAGCUGGAAGAGUUUCUGCUGGAGAAUCCCCAAGAAAGAAACAAGUACCCACCAGUGAACGGAAGUGUCAGCAGCACUCAGAGUUUCUCUCUUCUCAACGGCUCCUCUCUCGACUCGGAAAAAUACUGGAAGGCCGAUGUUUAAAACCUUCGGGCGUUUAUUUCAUAACCAUAAAGUGUCAUUAUUACAUUAUCAUAAAGUGUCUUUAUUACAUAAUCAUAAAGUGUCAUUUUUACAUAAUCAUGAAGUGUCAUUGUGACAUAAUCAAGUUUACAUAAUCACAUGUGGAGAUUUUUGCUAUUUUAUCUGCUAUUUCGAUGG